AGUUGCUGUUCGGCUCUCGGCAAUCUUCGGGUAACUUCGGCAUCCGCUCGUAUAGCUCUGUGGAAUGUGGAAAGGGCGUCUUGUGUUAACCGGACUGACCACUUCGUCACCUCACCUGUGGGCAGCCAGGUCAUCCAGGUGAGGCUUGGGUUAAAAAUUCUCUCAAAAGGUCUUGUCAGACAUUUCUUAAGAAUUUUCCGCAAGGUUUCUCGAAGAUGUCAUCCAAGAAGUUGCUUCCAAACAGCGAGGCAGCACCGGAAGGCUCUGUAGGUCGCCAUGGAAACCAGCGAACCUUAGGAAUCGUCCUGGCGCUGUCAGGACUCGCGGCUGUGGCGAGUGUCGUCACCCUUCUGUUCGUGGGGCGGGAGCUUACGUUCCUACGGGCCCAACAAGAAGCACUACAUAGGGAUCUCCGAGACCAACAAGAAAAAGACCAUGACCAGCUGGUGCUACUGCGCAGCCAGCUUCAGGACCUGAUGCAAGGGAAGCAUGAGCUGGGAGCUAAGUGUUGCAGUGAGAGGCCGACUCCCUCCCCAGAGGCUGCGACUUCCCCGAGACCCACAUCCACUUCCCCUCGUGAUGCAGGAACUACAGCAGCCCCGAGACGCACACAAGUCACUGCAGCCACUUCUACAGAGCCAGAUGGAGGUGCACAAGCGUCAGACUGCGCAGAACUCUAUGCGGCAGGACAGACUACAAGCGGAGUCUACAACAUUAGACUCGGCUCCUCUAAUGUAGAGACCUACUGUGACAUGGAUACCGCAGGGGGUGGUUGGACCGUGAUCCAACGUCGGCAGGAUGGGUCGGUUCCCUUCAACCGGACCUGGGAGGAGUACAAGCACGGGUUUGGGAACAAGAGCGGGGAAUACUGGCUUGGGAACGAGAACAUCCACCUCCUGACCAAUCAGAAGAACUACACCCUCAGGGUGGACCUGCAGGAUUGGGGCGGACAGACCCGGUACGCAACGUACUCCAGUUUCAGGGUGUCCGGUGAGUCGGACCAGUACCGGCUGCGCAUUUCCGGGUAUUCAGGCACCGCGGGAGACUCCAUGAGGUACAACAACGGGAUGAUGUUCUCCACUGUGGACAGGGACAAUGAUGCCAUCAACAACUACCACUGUUCUCAGCGUAACGGACAAGGCGGCUGGUGGUUUAGGGGCUGUGGCUACUCCUUCCUCAACGGCCGCUACCUGGGCAACUGCGGGAGCUCCUGUCCAGCCGCGAAAGGUGUGGUGUGGUUCCGCUGGAGAGGCUAUAGUUACUCCCUGAAGUCUGUAACUAUGAAAAUCAGGCCAUGAACAAUUACGCGCAUUAAUUUUCGUCUGAUUUUGGAAAAAAAAGAAAUUUUGUUGCCUUCUGACAAGGAUCACCAUGCCGAAAAUGUGCAA